AUGACAUGGUGGUGGACGGUGGCGCUGCUAGCGCUGGCGGCGCCCGUUCAGCCCUCGCCCAGGGCGGGCAGCGGUGAGCAAUUUUACAGUUACCAGAUGUCGCGCAAGUCGUGUUCAGUAGGAGUGGCGCGGGGUGCGUGUAUGUGGGUACAGGAAUGCAACCGUGUGGGUGGAAAGCAUGUAGGAGUGUGCGUCGAUGGCUUCAUGUUCGGAUCUUGCUGUCGACUACCGGACAAACCUAUUAUAAUAGAAGAAACACAAAGCCCUGUUACGGUCACAGAUCGGCCGUAUACAGCGCCACCAAGCAAUACAUACAGCACAUUACAACCAACGGAGACUACAACGCAGCCAUCCGAACGGCCUACCUCGCAGACACAACGGCCGUCGUUUAUGACAAAGCCCAUAGAUGGCGCUCCAACAUCUUACAACUAUCGGCCGCCUGAGUUAAAUUUACCCUCACUAAGCAUAGAAUCAAGUAGCGAACAAAAUAGUGAUAUAGUUAAUAAAAUAUCUUAUAACAGUGUAAAUAAGUACCAAAAUGUAAAUAGGCCGAAUGGCGAAAUGGAAACUAGUCCUCAUAACAAAAUUUCGUCUAGUCUUAGCAUAAUUUCGGGCGCACGGCCUAUGGCUGCAUCUGAACAACACUCCGGAAACAGUAUUUCCUCAGCACAUCUCAUGUCAAGACCAAGCAAUGUCAACACUAUGCACUGGCAGGUGACUACUGAGCCUUCAUUUAUAACAAAAACGAGACCUUCGAACUGGGAGAAGCCCGGCGGAAAACCUAAGCCGACGAAAAAAUUCACGACAACUACAAUUAAGCCACAUAAAAACUAUAUAAAACCAAAAGACCCCUCGCUGAAUGCAAUCGACAAUACUGAUGAGGCUACACCGUCUCCGAUGCAAACGACCGCCGCGACUAAUAGUGUUGAGUGCGGAGUAACAGCAAUGUGGCCGCGUCCUGAGAUGCGUAUAAUGGGCGGCAAAGAUUCCAGCUUCGGUCGAUGGCCGUGGCAAGUCUCAGUGCGACGUAACUCAUUCUUCGGGUUUUCCUCCACGCACCGCUGUGGAGGCGCUAUCAUCAAUGAGGGUUGGAUAGCAACGGCAGGACACUGUGUCGAUGACCUUUUGACAUCUCAGAUAAGGAUACGAGUUGGAGAAUACGACUUUUCAUCUGUUUCCGAGCAAUAUCCUUUCGUGGAACGUGGUGUGGCCAGAAAGGCUGUACACCCUAAAUACAAUUUUUUUACUUACGAGUACGACUUGGCGUUAGUAAAGUUGGACUCACCUGUACAGUUUGCGCCUCACAUAUCACCUAUUUGUUUACCGGCGACUGAUGAUUUGUUGGUCGGAGAAAACGCCACAGUUACUGGAUGGGGAAGACUUUCAGAAGGUGGAGUACUGCCAUCGGUUUUGCAAGAGGUCCAAGUUCCAAUAGUGUCAAAUGAACGCUGCAAAUCAAUGUUUUUGCGGGCUGGCCGACACGAAUUCAUUCCGGAUAUUUUUCUUUGUGCCGGACACGAAAGAGGAGGGCAUGAUUCCUGUCAAGGCGACUCAGGCGGGCCGCUGCAAGUGAAAGGGAAAGAUCAUAGAUAUUUCCUGGCUGGGAUCAUAAGUUGGGGUAUUGGAUGCGGUGAGGCAAAUUUGCCAGGAGUUUGCACGAGAAUAUCAAAAUUCGUACCGUGGAUUUUACAGACAGUGAAUUCAUAA